AUGUGCAAAGUCACCGCCUAUAAAGCGGAAUGCCUCUGGUGCAACAUGCAGCAAAUUAUGAGACUUGGACAGACGUUCUGUGACAAGCGAGUGUAUGUCCCGCAAACAGACUCAUGCCACUGCGACGACGCUGUCAUUGUAGACGACGAGGAUAGCAAACCCUUGAACUCGCAGGAGAAAGUUGUCGUCCAUCGCCGCUUCAGGGGGACCCAGGGGUGCCGCCAUUUGGGAGAGAUUCCCUUUGACGAGGAGGACUUUGUCAAUAUGGUCCCUACUGCUGAAUGGAACGACAUCUGCAAAUCGAUCGGUUGGACAUUCCGCAACCCAGCAGGUAACUAG